AUGGCCUCUGGCACCAAGUUUUCGUUCUUCGUGCUGAAGUGCGUCCUCGCAUGCAAGGGGCCUCGUGAAGAGGCUUCAACCGCUUUGUUUCCACUGCCCCUUCCUCUUGGUGAUGUAUGGAGCAGUGCCCUGAGGAGGCUCAGUGGCACGAGACGUGCCAAGAUUGCCGUGAGGAGGAGCUUGUUUUUGGCAGUUGCAGCUUUGAAUUUUCUGCACUUCAAGGAGCCUUUUUCACAGAUCAAGUUUCUUCAGAGGCUUGAGGAGCUGCACAAGACUUUGCCAAGUUUCGGUCUUGAGAUCAGCUCUGUUUAUUCCAAGGAGAAGGUCGUGCAGCGAGUUGUGAUGAACAAUGAGAAGGAUGAGCUGAGGCCGUACAGGAGCCUUGAUGCCUCCCGUUUGAAGCUGGCCAACCAGUUUUCUGUCGUUGCGCCACCUGAGCUUCUCCCUGACUUCUCCAGCGUUGACAGAGCAGAAGUGAUUGAGCUGUGCCGUGUUUGGGAUGCCCGGGGACUCUUGAAGGUCCUCCCUCGGAGCUAUGGCCCCCCUCAUUUGUGGAUGUUCUCCAAGGUCUUCAACAACUUCAAGAACCCUACUUCAGAUAGGCAGAUUGGAGAUCGUAGGGGCCAGAACUUUUGUGAGGGUCACAUUGAAGGUGGGCCAUCAAGAUCUUUGCAUAUGGCAUCCACCCUACUGCAGCUGGGGGCCACCAGGUUCUCAGAGGCACUUGUUGGCUCAAUAGCGGACAGGAAGUAUUUUUACCACCAGUUUUGGACGACUGAUGAGCGCUGUGCCACCAAUGCGCUUUAUCCCCCUUUGUCUUUGUCAGAGAUUGCUGGCACUCAUGCGGCAGUUGCGUAUGCCAACAAUUUCCUUUACAACAAGCAGAGGAGAAAGAAAGGGUUUGACAGAAUUCUUGAGGGAGAUUUCCUCGGAGGAGACAGAAGGGGGCUUCUGUUUGAGGCUCAAGAGGAUAUUUGCUACUGUUUUGCUGCACUGUUUCAAGGCGACCAUCUUGGAGUCGAGUUUGCCACGGAUGCUCAUAGCAGGCUUCUACAAGAAAGUGGCCUGCUCUCCGAGGGGUGCAGACUCCAAUCUGAUGCCCCCCUCAAUUGGGAUGGCUGCGCUUCUGGUUUGGUCAUUGAUGAUUUUUUCGUGAUCUCUAGAGAGGCAGUCUCAGCUGAGGAGGAUUACAAAAGGUCAAGGUCAAUGCAGCACUUUAGUAUUGCAAAGGAGGUUUAUGCGAAAGAAGGCCUCUUAGGCUCUGAUGACAAGGAUGUCCAAGCCGCCUCAGUUUUCAAAGUAUGCGGUGGGGAGAUUGUGUCUCAUGCAGCAGCGGUCAGAAGUGGUGUCGUUGCUUUGGGCUCGCCUUACGAGAAGCGGGUAGCUUUAGCAGCUUUGUCGUGCAGAGCUGCUGCCUGGCGCUUCACUUCUGAUUCUGAUGCUUUGCACUCAUGCCUGACAGGAUCACGGGUGUCCAUGCUGAUGUUGAGGCCGUUGUCCAGAGCUGCUGCUCAAGAGUUUCAGCUUUUAGCCUCUUUGGCUUUGGUAUGUACUUCAAACCUUGCUGUGCCGUUUUCAGAUGAGCUGUUUGCCACUGAUGCCUCCAAGGAGAAAGGAGGAAUUUGCAAAGCAGUGGUCUCUGAGGAGCUGUCCAAAGUACUGUGGAGAAGUGCUGACAAGAAGAAACCUCCGGUGCCUUUGCUUUCCCACUCACAGGCCAUCCUUUCUCAGUAUGAGGAGAUGCAUGAAGAGCUGUCAGCAACGACUGCACAGUUUGAGGACGCAGCACUUUUAGAGGUUCCUUGUGACAGACCGAUUGGCAUGCGCUUUGAGUUUAUAGAGAUUUGCGGAGGAGCAGCAGGGGUGACCAAGGAGCUGAUCCGAGAGGGGAUCAGCUGUGGCCCGGUGCUUGACCUUUCAGACAAUUUGACGUUUCAGAGCACAGGGUCAUACAAUGGGUUGUUUUCAUGCUUGAGGAAGAUAGGCUUGAAACAUUCCUUGUCUCCCCUCCUUGCACUUCUUUCAGCCCAGCAGCUCACCCGUGUGUUCGGAGCUACAAGGAGCCUAGAGGUUUUGACCAGCAGAAUUGGAAGGUGA